GCUGUACAUCCCAUUCACCCCUUUCUGACGAAAUCCCCAAUCACCAAACAACUCAGUCUCAUACAACUAAAGUCCCGCUAUCAACACUGUCAAUGGCCAUGCCUCCAGAAACCCCCCUCCUGAACCCAAACACCAUCGUCCUCGUAACCGGCGGCAGCGGCGGCCUCGCCAGCCAAAUCCUGCAUCUCUUCUCGCAACAAGGCAGCCAAAACCUGCACUCUAUCGAUCUCCGCCAGCCAUCCCACCAUCUCAACAACGUCACGUACCACGUAGGCGAUCUCACCGACUCCACCUCAAUGCACCUUAUCUUCCAGGCCGCAAAACCAAACAUAGUAAUCCACACCGCGAGUCCGAAAUUCGAUUCCGCAAACCACGUCAUGCACAAAGUCAACAUAGAGGGCACAAAGACGCUUCUCCAAAUCGCGAAGGAAUGCGGGACCCGAGCGUUCGUGUACACGAGCUCCGCCAGCGUUAUCAGCGACGCGACGACCGAUCUGGAGAACGCAGAUGAAUCGUAUCCUGUGAAUUUGAAUGCGCAGCAGCCGGAGUUUUAUACGUACACGAAAGCUGUGGCGGAGACGUAUGUCCUGUCGCAGAAUUGCCGGGCGCAGGGGACACGCGUUUUGAGUUGCGCUAUCAGGCCGUCUGGGAUAUUUGGUGUUGGCGAUCUGGUUGUUCUCCCGGGGAUUCUGGACGCGUUUGACCGCGGACAAACGAGGGUGCAGAUCGGGGACAACAAGAAUUUAUUCGACUUCACCGCAAAUAUAAAUGUAGCGCACGCGCACUACCUCGCUGCCGUGGCGUUGGACACAUGUCAGACAGGCGAUUUACCCGGGGACGACGAAAAGGUAGACGGCGAAGCGUUUUUCAUCACCAACGACGAGCCACGGUGCUUCUGGGACUUCACGCGGCUGGUUUGGGGGUAUGCGGGGGAUAAGACGCAGCCGGGGCAAGUGUGGGUUAUUACGCGGACGUGGGCGUUGUUGCUGGCGGGGGUGGUGGAGUGGGUGUUUUGGGGGUUGCGGAUGGGCGAACCGCCGCUGACGAGGACGAAGGUUAGGCUUAGCUGUAUGACGAGGUGUUUUUGUGUUGAUAAGGCGAAGAAGAGGUUGGGGUAUCGGCCGUUGGUUGGGCUGGAGGAGGGGUUGAAGCAGGCGGUGGAGGAUUGUGUGAGACGGCGGCUGAUGGGGCGGAGUGUUGCGCAAGUGGAUGGUAGUGGUGGGAAGGAGAAGGGACAGUGA